UUACCAAAUUCUAAUCGAAGAAGAAGGCGUGGAGGAAAUAUGUCGGCGCCUCUGGAUGAUUACGGAACGUUUGUUUUGAACCCACUCCGUGUUUAGAACCCCGUCCAGCCUCAGUGUCAUGGCCCACCGGUACCUGCGGCUGCCUGCGGGCUGCAGGAGCCUGGUCCGGCUGCUGCUUCGGCCCUGCGGAGCUUCCGCCAGAACGGUGUCUCCAGCCAGUUCUGGUCGGGUGCGGAAUGGACUCGUCCCGCUGAGCGAGCUGUUGGGAGCCUCUAGGAUCCUGAGCUCCAAACCACCCAAAGGUUUUGAGAAAUAUUUCCCAGAGAGUCAGAACCGGGCCAGAACCUCUGAACCCGAAGCUAAAGGUAAAGAAGACACAGAGUCCAAACCUGCCCAGAAACCGUCCGGGAAGCCUGGAGGAGGGAAACGAGGCGGCCGCAAGGAGGAGAACCACUGGUACAGCCGCCUGCAGAAGGGUGACGUUCCUUGGGAUGAUAAGGAGUUCCGCUUGUACCUGCUGACCGGCGUGGCGUUCUGGACCGCCAUCACCUACUACUUCUUCCUGCGGGACGGAGGUCGUGAGGUCACCUGGAAGGACUUUGUCAACAACUACCUGUCCAAAGGAGCGGUGGAGCGGCUGGAGGUGGUCAACAAACGCUACGUCAGGGUGGCGUUCUCUCCGGGGAAGACCCCACUGGACGGGCAGUACGUCUGGUUCAACAUUGGCAGCGUGGACACCUUUGAGAGAAACUUGGAGACGGCCCAGAGCGAGCUGGGCAUUGAGAGCGAGAACCGCCUGCCGGUGGUAUACUCCACCGAGAGCGACGGGUCGUUCCUCCUCAGCAUGCUGCCCACAGCGCUCAUCAUUGGCUUUCUACUCUUCAUGCUGCGACGUGGGCCGGCGGGCGGUGGCCGGCCGGGCCGUGGUAUGGGGGGUUUGUUCAGCGUUAGCGAGACCACCGCAAAGAUCCUGAAGGACGAGAUCGACGUCAAGUUCAAAGACGUGGCGGGAUGCGAAGAGGCCAAGCUGGAGAUCAUGGAGUUUGUCAACUUCCUGAAGAACCCCAAACAGUACCAGGACCUGGGGGCCAAGAUACCCAAGGGCGCCAUUUUGACCGGACCCCCAGGAACCGGAAAAACACUGCUGGCCAAGGCGACAGCAGGCGAGGCCAACGUUCCCUUCAUCACAGUGAACGGCUCUGAGUUCCUGGAGAUGUUUGUGGGAGUGGGCCCCGCCAGGGUUCGGGAUCUGUUUGUCAUGGCCCGGAAGAACGCGCCCUGCAUCCUCUUCAUCGAUGAGAUCGAUGCCGUGGGCCGGAAGCGCGGCCGCGGCAACUUUGGAGGCCAGAGCGAGCAGGAGAACACGCUGAACCAGCUACUGGUGGAGAUGGACGGCUUCAACACUGCCACCAACGUGGUGGUUCUGGCCGGAACCAACCGACCCGAUAUCCUGGACCCGGCCCUGCUGCGGCCCGGGCGCUUCGACAGGCAGAUCUACAUCGGUCCUCCUGACAUCAAAGGACGGGCGUCCAUAUUUAAGGUCCACCUGCGUCCUCUGAAGCUCAGCAAAGACCUGGACAAAGAUUCUCUGGCCAAGAAGAUGGCCGCCCUUACACCUGGAUUUUCAGGCGCCGACAUCGCCAACGUGUGCAACGAGGCGGCAUUGAUUGCCGCACGCCACCUGUCCGAUACCAUCAAUCAGAAGCACUUUGAGCAGGCCAUCGAGAGAGUGAUCGGAGGUCUGGAGAAGAAGACUCAGGUUCUGCAGCCAGAGGAGAAGAAGACGGUGGCGUACCAUGAGGCGGGACACGCCGUGGCCGGCUGGUUCCUGGAGCACGCUGACCCGCUGUUGAAGGUGUCCAUCAUCCCCAGGGGACGGGGCCUGGGCUAUGCCCAGUACCUCCCCAGGGAGCAGUACCUGUACACUAAGGAGCAGCUGCUGGACCGCAUGUGCAUGACGCUGGGGGGCCGCGUUGCAGAGGAGAUUUUCUUCGACCGGGUCACUACUGGCGCCCAGGAUGACCUCAGGAAGGUAACACAGAGCGCCUAUGCUCAGAUCGUCCAGUUUGGGAUGAACCCAAAGGUGGGCCAGGUGUCCUUCGACCUGCCGCGGCAAGGUGAGAUGGUUCUGGAGAAGCCGUACAGCGAGGCCACGGCCCGCCUCAUCGACUCCGAGGUCCGGACCCUGAUCGGCGAGGCGUACCGCCGAACCCAGCUGCUGCUGACCGACAAGAAGGCCGAGGUGGACAAGGUGGCGCAGCGGCUGCUGCAGCAGGAGGUUCUCUCCAAAGAGGACAUGGAGGAGCUUCUGGGUCGGCGGCCGUUUGCGGAGCGCUCCACUUACGAGGAGCUGGUGGAAGGGACGGGCGGUGAGGACGAGGACACGGCGCUGCCCGACGGCCUGAAGGACUGGAACCAGGACCGGAACCAGGACCGGAACCAGGAGAGCCCGGAGGAACAGGUGGCCCGCCAGAUCUCUGGAGGCAUGCCCUUCUAGAACCUCCAUAAACUGUUCUGUUGGGUUCUGAUCCGUUCCACAGGUUCUGAACAUUCCCACCUGAGCUGUUCUUCAUCAGAACUCUACUGAUGCUCCACAGAACCCACUCAACUUCACAUGAACCAGAACCAGGUUCAUUCUGCUCAUCCAGAACAUAUCAGAACCAAACAGAACCUCUCCAUGUCUAUCUGUGUAGAACCCAGACUCGGUUCUUUCCUCAGAACUUCAGCAGAUAUUCUCCAGCUGUGAGGAAAAUGUUACACCAAAACAUCUGGCACGGUUCUGAUGGGGAAGUCUUUGGUCCAGAGUUCUACUGGGCCCAGCAUCUGGUCCCAAAGCGGGGUUUCCAACUCGAGCCCUCCAGAACCGAGGUUCUGCAGUCUGUAGACACUUCUCUGCUCCAACAUACUAUAACCAGACAGCCGCGUUCAGAGGCCCGGUUCAGGUUUGGAACUGGAAACUUCUAGAAGCUACUGACCAAGGUUCUGUGAAGUUCUGUAAGGUUCUGCAAGGGACGUUCUCCUGCUGGUGUUCCACAGCCUGCUGCAGAACCUUUGACUGGAAACUGGAAGUAAACCUGCUGUUGAUUCUGUUCUGAUCCAGCCAGAUCCGGGUCACAGCUGUAGUAACACCAGACGUCUGGACGGUUUGGUUCUGAUAAAGCCCUGGAGUGGUUCCAGCUCGUAACUAAAGGUCUGGGUUCUAAAAGGAUGAGUUCUUGGCCUGCUUUGAGUGUAAACAUGUAAAUUGAUGUGUGAUAAUAAAAGUGUAUAUGUUG